GACCGGUGCAUUAACAUGGCACAUGGAAAUUGCUCGGUGGGUGGGAGGUGACACAACGUUGAAUGGGCAUCGGCAUCAGGGCACGUAGCGGACGGAGGAGGACCAAGAAAGGCGAACGACUUAUUUAUAACGACCCACCAAGCGAAGAUGGUGAAGUCUUUUCAGAAAUGAAUAUGUUCAAAGCAAGCAUUAUUGCUUAUAAUCUAAAAAAAAGCAUUAUUAUUGACUUUCUUGACGGUGAAAGCAUCAUUAUUAUCUGUCUAUAGAGCGGACUGGCGGGUAGUGGAUUAGGCCUAGCGAGAAAACUAAAGCGUCUACUAGCGAGCACCCAGAUAGAUUAAGAAUUAACCAUGGAGUGGAUCGGAUGUGUCUGGCAUCGCAACACAACAUUAUUUACAUUAACCGGCAACGAUAAGGUUUUAUACAUGGACACCACGGCAUCGGGUUAUUAGCAGAGCACACGCUACGAACGAAGCCGUCAGCUGUGCUAGCUAACCUGGCAACUGCAGGGAGUGGCGCGCGAUCCGGCCAUGGCGACCUGCGGCGGCGGCGGCGGCGGCGGCGUGACGGUACCGAACGUCCACAGCAACACCGACAGCAGCAACAAGACGCUGCUCUGCCAAGCCCUGUACAAGUACGUCCUGGACACGACGGUGCUGCCGAACGAGCCGGCGUGCCUGCGCGAGCUGCGCCUCCUCACCGACAAGCACGAGCGAUGCGUGCCCACCACUCCGCUGCAGGCUGCAGCUGCUCUUCUGUAAGCUUGUUCAUCACCAGUAGCCGUGCGCUGCGUGCCCGUGCAGGAGGGGCAUGGCGACGCCCCUGGACGAGGCGCAGCUGCUGCGGAUGCUGAUCAGGCUGAUGGGCGCCCGGAACACCAUCGAGGUGGGCGUGUUCAUCGGCUGCUCGCUCCUCGCCACCGCGCUCGCCCUCCCCGGCGACGGCAAGGUCGUCGCCAUCGACGUGAGCCGCGAGUACUACGAGGUCGGCCGGCCCUUCCUCGACAAGGCCGGCGUCGCGCACAAGAUGGACUUCCGCGAGGACCCCGCGCUUGACCACCUCGACGCGCUCCUCGCCGACGAGCGCAACGCGGGCGCCUUCGACUUCGCCUUCGUCGACGCCGACAAGCCCAACUACGCGUGCUACCACGAGCGGCUGCUCCGCCUGGUGCGCGUCGGCGGCGCCAUCGUGUACGACAACACGCUGUGGGACGGCGCGGUGGCGCUGCCGCCCGACGCGCCGCUGUCGGACCACGACCGGCGGAUGGCCGCCGCCAUGCGGGACCUCAACGCCCGGCUCUCCGCCGACGGGCGCGUCGAGGUGUGCCACAGUGCCAGCUCGCCGUCGCCGACGGCGUCACCAUCUGCCGCCGCGUCGCGUGAUGGCCGGCUCUCCGGCGGCAGGUUCAGUAAGAUUUCGGUCGGUCUUGUUGAUUGAGGGCGUCAGAUGUUGGCCCUCGUAGUUGUGGAGGCGCCUGAACUCUGAACUCGAAUAACAACGUCGCCUUGAUCAUUUGCAAUAGCGUUCGAGCGCGGAUGGCUACUCCGUUUAUUGGAUGCGCCGGCGGCGAGCAAUGCUCGGAGAAGGUCUCCCGACCCCGGAAGGUUUGGAGAUUACGGAGUUGCGAGUUGUGGCGUCAGUUCUUUUGAUAAUCAGGGUCGAGAACAAUAGCGCGAGGGCCAACUGAAGUCUGAACUCGCCAAACGAAUUACUGCAUCAUCCAUUUCAUAUGGAAUAAUUCGAACCUGAAACCUAUAAAAAAUGGAUAAAAUAGGGUACAGAAUGCGAAUUGCAGUGUGGGGCCAAAAUUUCCAGAAAGAAAACAGAAUGCCGCAGUCUCUGAAAGUCCCCGUCUCGGACCGUUCUUCUGUCCCUAGUCGCUGCAGGCUCUGUUCGAAGUUGGCAAGGCCUGUUCUGUUUCAGUUACAAUUACUGCUUAUUUAGAUGUAAAUUUCAAAAAUUCAAAAUUA